AUGGGACGGAAGCGUGGGGGUGAUGGUGGUGGGGAGAUGGAGAUGCCGGGUGUAGCACCGAUGCCACCAGCAGGAGCCCUAGACCCUGCAGCACUCGGCUUUCCCCUCCCGGGUCUUCCCGGAGCACCCCAAGCUCCUGGAGUGGUGCCCCCGAAAAUUCCUGGAGCUGUGCCGGGCAUCCCUGGUGCACCCGGAGUGCCUCCGGGCCCUCCCGGCCUCACCAUGCCCGGGCUUUCGAUGGGCGGCUGUGGCUGCCUGGGCGGGCUGCAGAUGCCCCCAGGCCUACCGCCACCCCCGGGCCCAGGAGGGCUUGGUCUGCAGCUGCCACCAGGUAUCGGCCCUCCGCCAGCACUCCCGAAGCUGCCAUUCCCUGGGCUACCACCUCCUGGGUCGCUGGACUCCGAAGCCUUGGCUCAGAUGCGGUUCCAGCAGGUGGCCACUGAGUACGAGCAGAUCAAGAAUGCCGGAAUUGAUCCUCAAGUGUCCGAGCUUGCAGAGUACCACGGCCUAGAUGAUCGUGCCACGCGCGCCCUCGAUGAAGAAAUGAAGAAGCGAAGAGCGACGUUUGAGUCUGACUUGCAAGCCCUCUGGGUGGGCUUGGAAGGGGCAAAGAACCCGUCCGGAAUGCUCAUGAUGAAGCUGAAAGAUAUGCGCAUGGGAACCUUCAAGGGUAUGACAGCCUUGGACAAGCAGAUCCACGACUUUGCGAAGCGGAAUCGCUUAGAUGCUCAAGCAGCAGUGAAGCUGGCGGAGGUUCUCCACAACCGCGACGACAUUGAGGGCGACUUGAGCAAAAUCCAGAAGCACCUCGAGCGCUCCAACAAGCCGUCCUCCCUGGUCAUGAUGAUGCUCAGGGACCUUCGCGAGGGGAAGCCUAUCAAGGAGCCUGGGUACGCGCCAGCGAUUGGCAGCAAG